AUGUCAGAGACUGAGGUGAUGGGCUAUCAGAAUGGCGAGAGAGGGAACAUUCCUAACGGUGAUGGGUUCUGUGACUCGCAUCCGAUGCACUCGCCUCACGAAACCGCUACCUUGAACGGCGAGAGUGAGAUGAACCAGGGACCUCACCCGCUCUCAAUCGACACUUCGUCCGUCGAAUACGACUAUCUCUCAAGAUCUCCUCUGCUGGAACAUGAACACGGGCUAGGUUCAUCUGGCUUGCCUCGUAUACGCCAACGACCAUCAUCCAGAGCUCCUUCUCUUCCCUUUGCCUUGACCUCCUCGUCUUCUUCACUCCAGCCUCUCUCGCAGUCCCAAACAAACAACAGUAGACCUACGAUACAGCCCGCAUACAUUCCAGACGGCGAGGGAACUUCACCCGGAGUCGAAGACCUCUACCGUUUCCCGUCCGAGUCUUUACACUCUUUCUCUUUCGCUAAGCAGUCCGAAGACCUGCUGAGCAACCGCCAGAACGUGCUGAAGAGGUCGAUUGACUUCUUGAGGGAUCGAAUUGGGCUGGCGGCCAGUGAUUCGGGCCUGGGCGAUGGCCAGGCUCAGAUGAACGAUGAAAACGAAAUACAGUGGAUGAUGGAUAUACUCUCCCGGACGAACCUCUUGGGCAGCUAUGACGUCUCCUACCAGCCUGCUGGUCCGGUUACAGGCCCUCCGGAGAUGGAAGGAGCAGGAAAUCUUUUUGACAAGGCGUUUGGAGCCUAUCAGACAUACAGUCCUGCAGACAUCAGGUCUCAGCAGGAGAGGUUUGCGAACAAGGAUCAACACCUAAGCCCGGUGACGUUUGAGCGAGCCGUAUCUCGAACCAGAGGCCGAAAAUCUGCCCCUUCUUCAAGACGCGUGAGCUUGAAGAGGACGUUCACUGAUAUUGGAUCCCUGGCACAACAAAACAAGGUCAUGGGCACACUGACCGAACCAUACUCUGCCGUUGAAUUCCCCUCCAACCGGAGCACCUCGUCUUUUGGAUUUGGCUGCAUGACGCCUAGCAUGCAUGUCCAUAGCGGUAAAUCAUCGCCUCCCGCCCAGGCUGUGUUCACCACCGAAGCCAAGCCUAACUGGACGGUACUUGCUGCCAAUGAUCUUGCGUGUCUCAUAUUUGGCGUAACGCAGAGUGAAUUCAGGAAGAUAAGCAUUCUAGACUUGAUUCAGAGGGAGAGGCGAGAAUGGCUAGAAUCGAAGCUUCAAGGCUCGCAGUUUGUGGCACCAGAACCAGAGCCCCGGAAUGACGAAGCUGCUCGCAAAGCGACGCAAUUCAAAUUUGGGAUAGGGAAAGGCGUGACGGCACAGUUGCUGAGCAAACCACCGGCCCGAGUUACUCGCAAAUCAUAUACCAUAAAUAAUCCUGUUGCCAGCAACUCUGGAAAUAGGAAUGGAAACGGAAACGGAAAUAGCAAUGGCAAUGGCAAUGGCAAUGGCAACGGCAACGGCAGUAGUGGAACCAAACAGUCCAGGAGCCCUAAUCAUUCAUCCAAAAAAUCUCGCGGAGUGCUACUUUGCGGGGACGUCGUGCCUAUUCAAAAACGGAACGGCACGACAGGCUCCGCAAGUCUGUGGGUGAUGGAGAAGAGAGGCGGGUUGAUCUGGGUCGUGGAAGAGAUUACUGAACAUGCCGUCACCAUUGAAUUUGAUGAUAGAGGGAAGGUAACCUACAUAAACGGCGACACAGAGCAGAUAUGGGAUAGAAUGUCAGUCCAAAAAGGAACAACUAUAUUCGAUCUCCUCCCUAAUAUCCCAGAACGUUUCCCGGCCGGCUCUGGCAAGCCGGAUUUCUCCAAAAUCAACGAGCAAAGACACUUCACUGCUUCAGGCCUUCGAGAGGAUAGCAAUAUCCCCCUUACCUUGACGCCACAAUCUGGACCCUCCGCUCUACGGAUUUCCUGCUUCCCUCACAUUGCCGGGAUGAUGGUACUCUGUGCCAAAACUCUUAAAAUCCUGAGUGCCAACUCGGCAUUCACCGCUACCUUGUUUGGAAACCUUCACCCAGAAGGUUCUCAGGUUACAGACUUGCUACCAAAUUUUGACGAGUUCCUCGAUAUAUUAACCGAACAGGAUGAUUCUCCCCUUGUCGACGGAGUGGUUAUCUCAGAACACAGCUUCCGGAGAGCCAGGGCAUUGUUCAUCAUGCGAAACACCGAGUCAAAAUUGACCAUGACUGACCUGCGGCCGGCAGGCCUCCCAGCUCGCCAUAGCGAUGGUGCGAAACUGACGGUCGACGUGCAAAUGCGAGUGGUUAAGAGCAAGUCUGCGCCCUCGGAGAAUAGCAAGCCCGCUGCGGCUGAGCAGGGUAGCUCGUCCGAUAGUGAGAAUGGUAGCGAAGUCCGUACCACGGAGGAUGUGUUUGCACUAUGGAUAUCGUACUCUCGACAACUGCACUCACCCACAGAGGAAGACAUGCUAUCUAUACCCAAUAAGUCAAGGAAGCUUUCUGAAAUUCCACCUAUCUCUCCUGGCCAGGUAUCGCCUGCAGCAGCGCCAGCAAGAAUAUCGCAAGUCGAGUCUCCUUCGGCAGAUGCCUUGACUCAGUCGUCCCUUUUAACGCAGCAGUUAACGGAGGCCGCAUCUGAGCCUCUAGUUGACCAGCCAGUACGAAAUGCCGAGCUUAGAGUAGUAGCACCUGCAGCGGAAGAAGUUCCUACCAGGAAGAGCAUAGCCGACUAUGUGAUCCUAGAAGACAUGGGAGAAGGCGCGUAUGGACAAGUAAAGCUCACUCGCUCUAGACGAGAUCCAUCGAAGAAGGUAGUCCUCAAGUAUGUAACCAAGAACCGAAUCCUAGUCGACACAUGGACGCGCGACAGAGUCCUGGGUACGGUCCCAUUGGAAAUCCAUGUCCUGAACUUCCUCCGCCGCGAAGGCAAUUGCCAUCCCAACAUCGUGGAGAUGGAAGGUUUCUUCGAAGAUGACAUCAACUACUAUAUCGAAAUGGUACCACACGGCCUUCCAGGCAUGGAUCUAUUUGACUACGUCGAACUACGCUCAAACAUGGAUCAAGAUGAAUGUCGGAAUAUUUUCCACCAAGUCGCAAGCGCAAUAGAUCAUCUACAUAAUAAAGCAUCUGUCGUCCACCGAGACAUCAAAGACGAGAACGUCAUUCUAGACGGCGAGGGAAGGAUCAAGUUAAUUGACUUUGGUAGCGCGGCGUAUAUCCGGAGUGGCCCGUUUGAUGUCUUUGUCGGGACUAUAGACUACGCUGCCCCGGAAGUGCUGCAAGGCAAACCCUAUCUCGGCAAGGAACAGGACGUCUGGGCGCUAGGAAUCCUGCUGUACACGAUCAUCUACAAGGAGAACCCAUUCUACAACAUCAACGAAAUCAUGGACCAUCCGCUUCGUGUUCCUUUCCUGCCGUUCGCAGAGGACUGUCUAGAUCUGAUUCGCAGGAUGUUAGACCGAAACGUACAGACCAGAAUAUCUAUUACAGAGGUGAUGAACCAUCCAUGGAUGAGGGUUGCCGUGAAUGGCAAUGGCAAGGGAGCCUAA